AUGCCGGCGGCGGCGAGCGUGGUGCCCGUAGCCCUGGUCCUGGCGGCCGCCUGUCUGCGGGGCGCCCUGCAGCAGUCUCCGGGGGCGGCCGAGCCGAGGCGGCCCCUCUUCGAGAGGCUCCGGCGCCUGGAAGCCCAGUUCCGACAGUUUCAGGAGGUCACCCUGACGCGCCUUCAGGAGACGGCAGAGAACUACAAUCUUUCUCACAGCCUCCACACCAAGAUGGACAGGUUGCUACAGAAGCAGGAGAGCCUGCAGCUGGUGGCCAAUGGGUCCCAGGCUUCCACCCAGGAGGAGCUGCAUCGCUUGCAGACUUGGGUGAAGAAGCUGGAGAGGAACAGCAAGAAGCAAGCGGUGAGGAUCCGAGCGCUGGAAGGGGCCUGGCAAGAGACGCGGCAAAAGCAGCUGGAGAGCCGCUUGUCCAACCUCACCCAGGAGCUUGAGAGCCACCGGGAGGACUUCCGGGACGUGGCUGCCCACCAGCAGAGCCUGCAGAAGAUACUGCAGAGCCUGCAGGAUGCCCUCCGCAGCCAGGGAAGCAAGCUGGGCAGCAUCGAGCGGAAGCUGAAGAGCCUUAAGCAGAAGGAGGAGCUGCCCAGUCCUCGGAGCGCAGCAGCAUCGGAGGCGGCUGGAGGGCAGAGCCCCACCUUGAAGAAGCUGCGUGCCAAGCAUCGCCAGCCGGGGGGCCACCUGGAGGUCCCGGCCGAGAGCCCAGCAGCGCUGCAGAGGGGCUCCCUUCUGGGCCAGGCGGCUUCUCCCCUGCAGGUGGAUCCAGGCCCGGCCUCUUCACCUGAGCAGCAGACCCUCACAGAACAGCCUCCUGGACCGGCCAAAGUCCCUGCAGAGCAGAAGCCUCCAGGAGGGCCUCGGAAGCCAGGGACAAGGUGCAACGUGGACUCCAUGCUGGUCUUCCCCAACGCCUCCACCGAGAACUUCGCAGCCUUCCAGCCCGGCCUGCAGACUAGCUUGCUGGAGCUGAGUCUCUGCAGCUGGGUGAGGACCAGUGCCCGUUACCUGGGCACCAUCCUGUCUUAUGCCACGGAGGAGAACGACAACAAGCUGGUGCUCCACGGCAGGGACGCUGCCCCCCGCAACUCCCUCCAUUUCGUGAUUGGAGACCCCGCUUUUCGGGAGCUGCCGGUGGGGGCCGUCUUGGACGGCAGGUGGCACCACGCCUGCAUCAUCUGGUCCUCCAUCCAGGGGCGCUACUGGUUCUACCUGGACCGAAGGCUGGCCUCCCUGGGCUCCAACUUUCGGAAGGGCUACGAGAUUCCGCCCCAAGGGUCGCUCCUCCUUGGCCAGGAGCAAGACACUCUUGGCGGGGGGUUUGACUCAUCUGAAUCAUUUGUGGGGCUCCUGGCAGGCUUUGCCAUGUGGGGCCGAGCGUUGCUGCCGGGGGAGGUCUCCAGCAUCGCCCUUGGAGAAGGCCUGCCCCACGGAACGGUGCUCACCUUGGCCAAUGUCUCCAUGCUCAGUGGUUCUGUGCGGAAGGUGAACUGCACCUGCCUUGAGCACUGCCUGUGA